UUUAACAUUGCAAACGACGUAUAAACUCGAGUUAAGUUUAAAAAUUCGUCGACUAUAUAGGCUGACCUCGAGUAUGUUUUAACAGUAACACUAACCAAAUGUUAGCCUUGUUUUAGAACUGCAGGUAGUUCAGGGAAAGAAAUUGGAUAUAUUUUUAAAAUAGCUAACGGUAUCUGAUUUGUAAUGGGGACGCCAUCAGACAAAAGUUGGAUGACGUCGUACCGAUUUAGUUCAUGUUAUAUUCAAGGGGUCAAAAAUUUUCUGAAUGUUGCAAAAGACUUUACUGAUUCAAAUGGCAGAGUUCGAUGUCCAUGCAAGAACUGCAUCAAUAUUUAUUUGAAGCCAUUGCAAGAAGUAAAAAUGGAUCUAUAUCAAUAUGGAAUUAGUGAAAACUACACAAACUGGGUGCACCAUGGUGAGACUUCUCAACCUCGUGAUAGUUUAGAUGGCUCUAUUAAUUCGGACAAUGAAUUGGAGGAUAGUGGAAAUGAUGUUUCAGAAAUGUUAGAUGAUAUGUGUAAUGCAACUUUUAUGGACACCGACAUGGAAGACAGACUUCCCAAUCAAGAUAAUAACAUGCUAGAAGGAGAAGUAGCAAAAUUUGCUAAAUUGUGGAAUGAUUCUCAUUGUGAACUAUAUCCUGGAAGUCAAAAAUAUUCAAAGCUCUCUUUUCUUCUUAAGAUGAUUAAUAUCAAAGCACUCACAAAUUCUAGUAAUAAGUCAUUUUUUUCGAAUUUGGAGUUGUUCAAGGAUGCACUCCCGAGAGGAGAAACACUUCCAAGCUCAAGUUAUGAGGUUAAAAAAUUGAUGCGUGAUUUAGGACUCGGUUACGUAACUAUUGAUGCUUGUGUAAAUGAUUGUGUGCUAUUUUGGAAGGAAAAUGAAAAUCUUGACACGUGUCCAACUUGUAAGGCCCCUAGAUGGAAAUUAGGUUUCGGAAAACGCAAGAAGGUUGCUCAAAAAAUUCUUAGACACUUCCCUUUAGUACCUAGACUUCAGAGGUUAUUUAUGUCUAAAGAUAUUGGUGAAAAUAUGAGGUGGCAUAAGGAGAAACGUGUAGAUGAUGAUACGAUUAGACAUCCAGCUGAUGCUACGGAAUGGAAAGAUUUUGACCAGAAUUAUGCUUGGUUUGGCAAAGAUGCUCGUAACGUGCGACUUGGGCUUGCUAGUGAUGGAUUUAACCCUUUUGGAAAUAUGAGCACGAGUUAUAGCAUGUGGCCGGUGAUUGUGACGCCAUAUAAUUUACCACCAUGGAAAUGCAUGAAGGAGAAUUUUUUGAUGUUAUCUUUGCUUAUUCCUGGUAAGGAAUCUCCCGGAAAUAAUAUCGAUGUAUAUUUAAGGCCAUUAAUUGAUGAGUUAAAAGAGUUAUGGGAGACCGGUGUGACAACAUAUGAUGCAUAUAGCGAGCACGGGUCAAAGCCUGAAGAGUUGUCAGGAGAUGAAGUUCUAAGGCAAUUAGAUUUGCUUCCAAAAAGCCUUGUUUUUGGGAAGACACCUAACCAAAAAAAGCGUGCACGUGGUCCUGAAGAGCUCAAUUGGACAAAGAGAAGACUGCAAAGUUAUGGGGAUGAAAAGCCAUGA